AUGGACUUUGAGGACAGGUUCUCCAGACUGGCGUUGGAAAAAGUGCCGAUGUCGGAACGGCCAAUAGAAUCGGCCAAGGACGCCGUCUUUGAGAGCGGAUGCAGGGACCCUCUUAUCGAGGCCAAAAAACCGCGUAUGAACGCCGCGUUCGUCGUUCUCGCGCGCAACUCCGAGAUCGACGGCGUGGUGUCGUCGAUGAAGUCGCUGGAGCGCCAUUUCAACCAGUGGUUCAACUACCCGUGGAUCUUCCUUAAUAACGAGCGUUUUACCCAGGACUUCAAGAAGAAAGUAGCACAGGUGAGCAGCGGGCCUGUGCGGUUCGGCACUGUGCCGCAGUCGAAAUGGAACUUUGACGAGCAGCAGACGAACCCUGUGCUGUUCAAGGAGGCUAUCGAGUCGCAGGGAGACCGCGAGAUAAUGUACGGCAACACCGCAAGCUAUCAUAACAUGUGCCGUUUUUACUCGGGCUAUUUCUUCAAGCACCCCCUCGUGCGGAAACUGGACUGGUACUGGCGUGUGGAGCCGGACGUGGACUUCUACUGCGACCUCACGUACGAUCCAUUUCGGGAGAUGCAGAUGCGGGACAAGAAAUAUGGGUUCACGGUGGCAAUAAAAGAGCUGGUCAACACGGUGCCGAACCUGUUUCGCUACACGAACGCGUUCAUCAAUAAGCACGACGUGCCGCUGUCGGAUGCGUGGGAUUUUUUUGUGGACCGGUUCGCGGUCUACAAGGGCCAGAACAGCGAGCACUACAAGAGCAUCACUAAUAGACGCGAUUUUUGGAAAAAGCUGGAGCAGCGGAUUCCAAUGUACCAUGCGUUGCAGACGGCGGGCGAGGACGCGGCCCGGCUGGACCAGCACUCACUCAACAGGCUUGUGGACCACAGCAACAAGCGCGGGCUGCACACGGUCAAUAAGGACCAUUUCGACGGGAGGAAGUAUAAUAUGUGCCAUUUCUGGUCGAACUUUGAGAUUGCUCGCACAGACCUGUUCACGUCGGAGCUGUACCAGCAGUACUUUGACUAUCUGGAGUCAUCUCAGGGCUUUUUCAUCGAACGGUGGGGAGACGCUCCAGUGCACUCUCUGGGAGCAGGAAUGUUUCUCAAUUUGUCGGAAAUUCACUAUUUCAGAGACAUCGGCUACAAACACUCGACUCUGGGCCACUGUCCGAAAAACUCGCCGCACCAGCUACCGUACAAGCCGGGCGCACGAUACAAACACGUCUACCACGAAAACGACGAGCGCAACCUGGCAAGGUACGACAGGCCGGUGUCAGAUGGCGGUGUGGGGGUGGGGUGUCGGUGCAAGUGUCCUGCGGAUCAUGCUGAGAUUGAAAAUUCCGGGGGAUCGUGCGUGGCACUGUGGGCGAAGCUGACUGACGACGAACGGGAGGCCGACGCGACGCUGGACCUGGACGCGAUCGAGGAGCGCGCGUUGGAAAUGUACGAACAGUAUUUGGUGCAGCAUGGCAACGACGGGUCCAAAUGGAAGCUGAGCACUGCAGAUUGCGAAGAACUAGAGAAGCUGGGCUCGCUCUAG